GCUGAACUUUGAAGGGUCUCGGACGCCAUGGCCACGGCCAUGGCACGGGAUCUACAUAUACGGGCAACCCGUAUUGCGAUUGGCUGGCCGGGACUUUCUUUGUCGGAGUGAAGAGCUGAGAUGUAGUCUCAGGAGCUCGGUCACUCAGUGAAAUAGGGAGCCAAAGUUUCUACACGCGGUGACGCCAUCCAUCCACCCACUAUGGAUCCCCACACGAUCUCUCGCGACAACCCUACCCCACCGCCGGACUACCACCACGACCACCACCAGUACACUCUUCAGCACGACCAGCACCAGCACCAGCACCGCACCGCCGCCGCGAAGAAGCCGUUCCUCGCCCGCGUCUGCACCACCAACCGCCGCCCACACACCACACACACCUGCACGAUGAGCACCUCGACCGCGGGCGUAACACUGCUGCACCGGCUGCGCUACACGCGCAGCAUCCUCUCGCUUGCCCUCAACAGCACGCACAUCUUCGCGGGCUCGCAGUCGGGCUCGGUGCUGGUGUGGUCGCUGGCGACGUACUCCCUAGUAGCCACACUACGCGGGCACUCUGGCAGCGUGCUGUCGCUACACCUCUCCUCCAGCCCCUCCUCCUCCGGCGAGGGCGAACUCCUCUUCUCCUCCGCCGGCGAUGCGAUCGUGCAAGUGUGGUGUCCGCGCACAUUCACGAACCUGUACACGAUCUAUUCGACAUUCGACGUGGGCGACGUCUUCUGCGUAGCGUACUCGGUGUCCUCGCGGACAGCGUACUUCGGCGCACAGAACACAUCCGUGCAGUGGAUCGACCUGCGCGGCGCCGGCGCCGCCGGCGCAAAAUCCGUGUCUGGCGAGGCCCAUCCGAGCAAGCGCGUGCACCGCUUCUUCGACUCGAAGGGGCCCGGCGGGAGGUGCACGCCCCGGCCCGACGAGGAGGAGGAUGAGGCCGAGGAUCCAGCGGCAGAGGAGGGUGCCCGCGGAAAGACCCUGCUCGAGAUCGAGCCCGCGAAUAUCGUCCAGUACGCGCAUUUUGGGUACGUCUACUGCAUGCAGGUCCUCCCUGCCGCGCAGAUCGGGCUGGGCGCCGGGUCGCUCCUGCUCACGGGCGGUGGCGACGGGGAUGUUAAGUUGUGGGCGAUUGAUCCGAUCACUGGUGGGAUCUCGGAGCUGCGCACGCUCGCUGGUGGCGACUCGGGCGUGCUGAGUAUGGUUGUGAAGGAUACGCUGCUCUACACGGGUCUUACGGACGGCGAAAUACAUAUUUGGGAUCUGGACACCUGCCAGAAGGUCAGGAGUGUGCAGGCGCACUGCGACGACGUGCUUACGCUGGCGGUGAAGGGGGAGUGUAUCUUCUCCGGCAGCGCGAGCGGGUUCACGCGGAAGUGGAAUAUGAGAUUUGAGUGUGUGAGUAGGUGGCGGGCGCACGAGGGGCUGGUGCUGGCCAGUGCGGUGACCGAGAAGAACGGGAGGCUGCUGUACAUCACCGGUGGAAAUGACGAUUGUGUCGGCGUGUGGGACGUCGAGCCGUUUCCGGCGAAGGAGGGGGGCAAGGAGGAGCGCGGCGAGGGUGAGGGCGAGUUGCUCAGUUCGCUGGCGAAGCUGGUGGCGCUCCGGACGGUGAGCUCGGAUCCUAGCUGCGCUGAGGAGUGUCGGAGGGGUGCGACGUUUCUGAAGAGUCUGUGUAAACGACUUGGAGCUGCCGCGUCGCUGCUGCCGACGGAGGACGGUCGCAAUCCGGUGGUGUUUGCAAGGUUUGAGGGUGCGAACAGGAAGGCGGAGAAGGGGAAGACCCUGCUGUUCUACGGACAUUACGAUGUUAUUCCGGCCAGCGCCGAGGGCUCGGGUUGGAAAACGGAUCCCUUCACGCUCACAGGCGUCGAUGGCUACCUCUACGGCCGUGGAGUGAGCGACAACAAGGGACCGUGUCUGGCUGCGCUGUUUGCCGCCGGGGAACUGCUGCAGUCGGGGAAAUUGGAGAGUGACAUCGUCUUCCUGAUCGAGGGCGAGGAGGAGUCGGGAUCGAGAGGAUUCAAAGAUACUGUCAGGAAACACAAAGACCUGAUCGGCAAUGUCGACUGGAUCGUGUUCGCCAACUCGUACUGGCUCGACGAUGAUACACCCUGCCUCACCUAUGGCCUUAGAGGAGUCAUUCACGCCACGAUUACCAUCCAGUCCGAAAAGCCGGACCUGCACUCCGGCGUCGACGGCAGCUCGCUCAACCGCGAGCCAACCAUCGAGCUGAUCACCCUCCUCAGCCACCUCACCUCCCCCACUGGCGAGAUCCUCCUCCCCGACUUCAACGCCCCCAUCCGGCCUCUAUCCCCCGCCGAGGAGCGAAUGUACCUGCCCAUCUCGGCCUCGCUCCACGCCAACCCGACAUCGCCCUUCCACGGCCUGCCCCACCAAGAAAUCACCGACCACCUGAUGUCGAAAUGGCGGUACCCCUCGCUGACCAUCCACCGUGUCGACGUGUCCGGCCCCAGCAACAACAGCACGCUGAUCCCACGGUCCGCGUCCGCGACUAUCUCCCUGCGCAUCGUCCCGGAUCAAUCCGUCUCGGGCGUGACCUCCUCUCUCCGCUCAUACCUCACGUCCUCCUACCCAGGCAGCAACAACCUCUCAAUCGACAUAUCGCACAGCGCCGAAGCGUGGCUGGGCGACUUCACCAACUCGGCGUUCUGCUCACUGCAGCGCGCAAUAACGCACGUGUGGGGCGCACAGCCACUGUUUAUCCGCGAGGGUGGAUCGAUCCCCGCCGCGAGAUUCCUCGAAGAGGAGUUUGGAGCGCCGGCUGCGCAUCUGCCGUGUGGUCAGGCGUCCGAUAUGGCGCAUCUGGAUAAUGAGAGGCUUAGGGUUAGGAAUUUGUUUGGUGCUAGGGAAGUGCUGGGCAGGGUUUUUGAGGAGUUGACGGCUGGGACGGUGGCGGAGAAGGGGGAUGAGAUGACGGUGAAUGGGGUGGAUGUGAAUGGAGCAGAUGAGUGAUAGUGAUGGAGACUGUAGGUGAUGGGUUUUGCAUGAUCAAUGGGACUAAUGUAUGGGUAUGAGGGAUUUGGGAGUCGGGAGUUGGGAACUGUUUUGAUUUUGCUGGCUUUGAAUAUGUAUGUAGUUUCUUUUACGUAUAUGUGGCGAUGGAAAUGGUGAUAUAUCGGCUAGAAUCUAGAUCUCCUUUUCCUAAUAGAGAGCAUGAAUACACGGCG